CCUUCUCAGUACGCUGGCGCAAGGCAGAAAGGCGGGGCUUCGGCGCUCCAGACGAAUGCCAGCGCGGCUGCGCGCUGGGGGGUACCCCCUCACUGCGGCUGCGCGGGAGCCCGGCCGCCGGCUGUCACUGCGGUUGCGCGCGGCGAGCGGCGAUCCCGGGGCGCCUGCGCGGGUGGCUUUGCGGGCGCUCGCGGUAAGUUUGCGCCAAGUGCGCGGCAGCCGGGACGCAGACGGCGGCGGCGGCGAGAGGCGGAGCCCGGGGACCACCCCCCAUCACCCUCCCCGCAGUCACCUCACGUACCACAACCUCACCUAACCUCUCACCCCCCCUCCUAUCCCCCCAACCCCGGGAUGGCAGCGCCCGCCAGCCUUCCCGGCCGGACCAGCGGUCGCCAGCGCCGGCUUUAGCCUGUGGGACUAGGCCCCGCCGAGGCCUGACCCCCGGAGCCGGGACCCACCGUGCAGCCAGCCGCCGGGCCGGGGUUGAGGGGCCGCUCCCCCCUCACGGCCCGUGGGGAGGACGCUGCCGUCCCGGGGACUGGGGGCCGGGGGGUGGGGGGGAGCCAGGGCGAGGAAGUCGGGACCCGUGUUGGGAAAAAAGAAGGGGGGCCGGGGUCAGGAGCGCCCCCUCCCCCCGCUUCCCCCCUCCCCCCGGGGUUGGGGGGGCCGGAGCAGAGAGCGCCCAGCCCGGGAGGUGGAUGAAUGUGGGAGAAAAUGGAGACCAAGACGAUCGUGUACGACUUGGACACGUCGGGGGGGCUGAUGGAGGGGCUGAGCUUAGCCUCCGAGGACGUUUGCAGCAGUUUCACCUACCCGCCGCCCUGGAUUCGCUCUCCCGAGGCACCAACCCACUCCAUGUCGUUGCACCGGCGGGCCUCCCCACCCCCUUCUUGUCGGCCCCUUUGUGCUUCCCCCAGCACGUCCGGGUACCGGGUUUCAGGCCUUUCCAGAGCCUGGCUUUGGAGUCCCCCACUGUCCAUACAAGGAAGUGGCGAGAAGGGAACCGCGCACCCUCUCCCCAUCCCCCUACCCUGAUCCUCCCCAUUUGGAAGAGGCUGUUCUCGUUGUGCUGCAGGAACGCUGUUAGGGUGGGCUCCCCCCGGUUCCGGGGGGCUGAGAGGUUCUGGGAGCAGCUUGGAUGGGAGGAAGAAGGACAAAAGGGGGGAGAGGGGUGGGUGACGGAGAAGCCCUGCCGGGGGGGCGACGGACCGCCCGGGAGCUCCGAGUGUGCACACACGCCGUUUAUGUGUGUGUGCAGCAAAUCCAAGCUCUGCUGGCUCCCCCCAAGACGGACGAGGCAGAAAAGCGGAGUCGGAAGCCUGAAAAAGAGCCCCGGAGAAGCGGCAGGGCCACCAACCACGACAGCUGCGAUAGCUGCAAAGAAGGUGGGGAUCUCCUGUGCUGUGACCACUGCCCGGCCGCCUUCCACCUCCAGUGCUGUAAUCCUCCACUGAGUGAAGAGAUGUUGCCUCCUGGGGAGUGGAUGUGUCACCGGUGCACUGUUCGCCGAAAGAAACGAGAGCAGAAAAAGGAGCUGGGCCACGUCAAUGGACUGGUGGACAAAUCCGGCAAACGGACUACAUCUCCCAGCAGUGAUACCGACUUGUUGGACAGAUCAGCCAGCAAAACUGAACUCAAGGCCAUUGCCCACGCCCGGAUCCUGGAGAGGAGAGCCAGCCGGCCUGGCACGCCCACAUCCAACGCCAGCACAGAGACCCCCACCUCUGAGCAGAAUGAUGUCGACGAGGACAUCAUUGACGUGGACGAGGAGCCAGUGGCAGCUGAGCCGGACUAUGUGCAGCCCCAGCUAAGGCGGCCCUUUGAGCUGCUGAUCGCUGCCGCCAUGGAGCGGAACCCCACCCAAUUUCAGUUGCCCAAUGAACUGACUUGUACCACUGCACUACCAGGUUCUAGCAAGAGGAGAAGAAAGGAGGAAACCACGGGAAAAAAUGUUAAGAAGACACAGCAUGAGUUAGAUCACAAUGGUCUUGUUCCCUUACCAGUCAAAGUAUGCUUCACAUGUAACAGGAGCUGCCGUGUGGCCCCUCUCAUCCAGUGUGACUAUUGCCCCCUCCUGUUCCACAUGGACUGCCUCGAGCCACCGCUCACUGCCAUGCCCCUGGGCAGAUGGAUGUGUCCGAAUCACAUCGAACAUGUGGUGCUGAACCAGAAGAAUAUGACGCUGAGCAAUCGGUGCCAGGUGUUUGACCGUUUCCAGGACACCAUUUCGCAGCAUGUGGUCAAAGUGGACUUCCUGAACCGAAUCCACAAGAAGCACCCUCCUAACCGCCGAGUGCUCCAGUCAGUCAAAAGAAGAAGCUUGAAGGUUCCCGAUGCUAUAAAAUCUCAGUACCAGUUUCCACCCCCUCUCAUUGCACCCGCGGCCAUUCGGGAUGGGGAGCUGAUCUGCAACGGGAUCCCCGAGGAAUCACAGACGCACCUUUUGAACUCUGAGCACUUAGCCACCCAGGCAGAGCAGCAAGAGUGGCUCUGUAGUGUUGUUGCGCUCCAGUGCAGCAUAUUGAAACAUUUAUCUGCUAAGCAGAUGCCUUCGCAUUGGGACUCUGAACAGACAGAGAAGGCUGAUAUUAAGCCUGUUAUUGUGACUGACAGCUCAAUCACCACCUCCCUGCAAACAGCUGACAAGGCACCUACACCUUCCCACUGCCCCUUAUCCUGCCCCUCGGGGAUUAGCUCCCAGAACUCCCUGAGCUGCUCUCCACCCCACCAGCCCCCAGCCCUAGAGGACAUCAGCUGCAGUUCCUGUGCGGAAAAAUCCAAGAAAGCCCCCUGCGGGACUGCCAACGGGCCAGUGAGCACAGAGGUGAAAGCCAAUGGCCCACACCUCUACAGCAACCCCACCGAUUCCACGGACCCCCGGCGACUUCCAGGCGCCAACACCCCCUUACCAGGCCUCUCCCACCGGCAAGGCUGGCCCCGGCCCCUCACGCCACCAGCGGCUGGGGGGCUUCAGAACCACACCGUCGGCAUCAUUGUGAAGACAGAGAAUGCCACUGGCCCCAGCUCUUGCCCCCAGAGGAGUUUGGUUCCUGUCCCAAGCCUGCCCCCUUCCAUUCCCAGCUCUUGUGCCAGCAUCGAGAACACCAGCACUUUGCAAAGAAAGACUGUCCAAUCACAGAUAGGACCUCCAUUGACAGAUUCAAGGCCACUGGGCUCACCCCCAAAUGCCACCCGGGUGCUCACUCCCCCCCAAGCAGCAGGAGAUGGUAUCUUGGCCACAGGAGCCAACCAACGAUUCUGCUCACCAGCGCCAUCAUCAGAUGGCAAGGUCAGCCCCGGCACGUUAUCCAUAGGAAGCGCUUUAACCGUACCCUCUUUCCCAGCCAACUCUACUGCCAUGGUGGACCUCACCAACUCAUUGCGAGCAUUUAUGGAUGUCAAUGGAGAAAUCGAGAUAAAUAUGCUGGACGAGAAGCUGAUCAAGUUUCUGGCCUUGCAGAGAAUACAUCAGCUUUUCCCCUCCCGGGUCCAAGCUUCACCGGGCAGUGUCGGGGCACAUCCGCUGGCUUCUGGAGGGCACCACACAGAAGGUGCGCACGCACACCCCUGCCGCCGCAGCCCACCGUCAGAUCUCCCCUGUGCAUUGCAAAGAAAGGAAGUACAGGCCCGAGCUGUGUUCUACCCUCUCUUGGGUUUGGGAGGAGCUGUGAACAUGUGCUAUCGAACCCUCUACAUCGGGACAGGAGCUGACAUGGACGUGUGCCUUACAAACUAUGGUCACUGUAACUACGUGUCUGGGAAACACGCCUGCAUAUUCUAUGAUGAGAAUACCAAACAUUAUGAGCUGUUAAACUACAGUGAGCACGGGACAACGGUGGACAAUGUGCUGUAUUCAUGUGACUUCUCUGAGAAGACCCCGCCAACCCCCCCAAGCAGUAUUGUUGCCAAAGUGCAGAGUGUCAUCAGGCGCCGCCGGCACCAGAAACAGGAUGAAGAGCCAAGUGAGGAGGCAGCCAUGAUGAGCUCCCAGGCCCAGGGGCCACAGCGGAGACCCUGCAACUGCAAAGCCAGCAGCUCGAGCUUGAUUGGGGGCAGUGGGGCCGGCUGGGAGGGCACGGCCUUACUGCACCACGGCAGCUACAUCAAGCUGGGGUGCCUGCAGUUUGUGUUCAGCAUCACUGAGUUUGCGACCAAACAGCCCAAAGGCGAUGCUGGCCUGCUGCAGGAUGGGGUCUUGGCCGAGAAGCUGUCUCUCAAGCCCCACCAGGGCCCCGUGCUGCGUUCCAACUCUGUUCCCUAGGACUGGCGGCUACCCCGUCGCCCGCCCGUCCGCCCGACCCGAGACUCCUGCAAUGCAAAAAUGUACACAAACCAAGCCCGGGUUUUUUCUAUACUCCACCGGAAACCCUCCAACUACAAUCUUUGCAUGAAAUGAAGAAAACCUUUUGACUGUUUUUUAAAGAUCCUUUUUCUUUUCUCAAGUUCUAGGGGGCAUUUGCACAUAUAUUUGUACUCGACAUUUCAUGGGAAAGCGGCAGACCCGAGCUGAGGAACAGCGUGGGCAGGGAGGGGAAGGCCGAUGGUCUGGACACCUCCUCCAACACCAAACCGUUCCCCACCCGCCUCCUGCUCCCUCCCCCUCGCCCGCCGUUGUAAAAUAAUCAGAAACUUGUUCUAUUUUGUGGCAGUGACAAUAGUUUUAUAUUAAAAGAAAAAAAUACAGUUUUCAUACAGCAAAAUCUAUACAAUAUCAUUGUUUUAUUUAAUAUAAAGAUCGCUACCCACCCGACUUCCGUGGUUCCCACCCUCCGAGUUAUUUUCCCUUUCUGCAGCGGUUGCACUACAGGUAGCUACUGUGUAUUAUGGACAAAUGAGAAAUGAAUUCUUUUUCUGGCUGUCCAUCUAUUUUAUUUCAAAUAAGGAAAAGUGUAUUUGGAUUUUGUGUAAAUACAUCUAGUGAUGACAUUUUUUCAAUGUUUUUAAAAACUGUACAGUACUACAUGUGGUAGAGCGUUUUCUUCAAAUUGUCUAUUGUAGCAAAGACGUUUUUGUCGUAAACCUGUUUCGUCUCCUUUUUUUGUUCUCUUGCCACUUCUCUCCUGUUCCUCCCACCCCUGGCUCCCUCCUCUCCCCUUCCCCCAACCCCAAGUAGUACCAAUGUACAUAGUAAUUGUAAUGUUUUAGACUUUACAGAAACUUUCCUGUAUUCUGUAUAUAAAAAAACAAAAAUACUUCAACUUA